CCAGAACCGUUUUGGCGCAAGCACGUUGGGGCCACAAUGCCUGAAUGGCAUCAGGCACCUGCGAGUCCGAGAUCCUCCUUCUUCUCUGCGGCAUCGAACCACCCAUCGAGAAAGAAUUGAUCGAGGAGGUGCCGGUAGACCCUGUGACAAGCGCCCAAAACUAUUCAAUUGAUUGUUGUAUCGGCCGCCGCAAUGACCGCCGCAAGGACACGUCGGCGUCGAUAGAUGGCUCGCAAGCCGCGCCUGGUCCCGUCUCAGGGACACUGCUUGACGCCCUGCCCAUGGCCGCGCUGCCACCCAUGAUGGCCUUCCCUGGCAAGUGGCAGCUCGAGCAGGUCGAGGGCGACAUGGACGGCGUUGCUGAGGAUAUGGGUAUUUCUUGGUAUGGGCGCGUUGCGGGCGCUCAGAUGGACUGGGGCGUGGGGAAGGUCACGCACUCCUUCGCUUUCAGCGGUGGCUGUGUCAGCAUCACCAGCAAGGGCCCAGCGGGCACUUUCUCACAGGACCUGACGCUGGACGGCCUCCCCAAUGAAACUGUAGACUUAGGGGUCGGCGCGCCGAUCACGGCGACAGCUCAGAUCGAGGGUUCUUUCCUCCACGUGGACUCUGAUGAUGUCAAGAGCAAGCGAUGUGUUCUUGGCGGUGGUGGAGUUCGCAGAGACAUCCUCGUGAUGCAGUUCAGCACCACAAGCAGCACAUGCUGCCAUAUAUUCUCCAGGUGCAUUUAGCGAUUCGACAAUCUCCUCGGGUUGCGCCGUCUACAUCACAAUGUGACGGGCGGGCUCACCGUUCGAUGUGCACAAACAUAUCUGUGUCCAGCACACCGCAAUGCAGUAGGGCGAUAAGCUUCUCGAGCACAGGUGGUGAGUGCCCUGUUCGAACUGCCCAGGUGGUCGCCGCUCGCUCACCCUUCCGCCCAAGACGCCGAGAGAGAUCAGCACUACGGCCGUCUUGCCUGUUCUCCUCCCCUCACCCUGCAUGGCCUGUGCAUGUGCAUUGGGCGAGGCCCCACGAAAGUGGCGGUGCCAUUCUGGCUGACCAGCCUCGCCCGCUGCCACGGCAAAGACUGAAGUUCUGACAGCUUCAAGUAAAUAUAUGUGUAUAUAUAUAUAUACAAUAGUCGACCUGGGCAUGAGAAAGGGGAGAAUGCAACAGCCGCGCACCAAGAGGACAUGUUUUGUAAGCGUCGCGGUGCUAGCUCACGCCAAUGGUUCUACCAUGAUCCUUUAGCAUGGCCAGUCCAUUGCCGGUGUCGGCUGAGCCUCCUAUGUAGAUCGCGCCUUCGGCGAACCACUGCCGCCCCCUGCCAUCUGGUCGGAAUGUUGCCACGCGUUUGUGCUGUGUGUUACCCCGGCCGUUGAGGAGGACUUGCUGGGAGGACAUUUGGGAGGGG